AUGACACAAACAGAGGUUGAUAACUUUACUGGACCUGUCAACUUUGAUCCGAAGUCUGAGUAUGAUGAGAGACUACAGCUAGUGCUGGACACGGCUGUCAACGGUGUUAAGAACAUAUACAUCCCGCACGAUCUGGAUCCGCGGGAUGUUGAGCCGUUUUUAGAAACAGCAAACGCAUAUCAGAAGAAGCUGGCGUUUCAGUAUCUAGCCAUGGACUCCAAGUGGGCGUUUUUCAAGUUUCUAAGAGAACAGGCACCUGAGACCACAGACUUUGAGGAGGUGGAGAGGUCGCGUUUGCAAUUUGAAGAAAGACGUUUGGAAUACGAACAGAGAUUGACUGUGAUCGAACACCAGAGAGAAGAUGCAAUUAAUUGUGGAAAGGAUCUGGUUCAAAGACUGGCUUCUGUGGAACGUGAAGCGUUGGAGAAUGCGAGACUUAACGAGGAAUUUCGUGGUUUGGAGGAAGAGGUGAGCAAACUCCAAAAGGAGGCAUCUCUGGAAAUUGUAGAUGAUGAUACCCUAUUUGAUAUCAUGGGACAGGUUAAUGAUAUCCCGGAAGGAGCAGACUUAUCAGCCAUGGCCAAGUCGGCCGAGGAUCUGAAGAGACUAACUGAGAAGAGAGAAUCGCAGAUACGCGAGCUUCAGGGUACUAUAAACACUUCGAAAGAACAAAUUUUGACAGUCAAGACUAACCUGGACUCUAAACAAGAUCUUGUGAACAAAUUGGAGCUGGAACAGCAGCAGCUAAAGAAGGAGCUGGAGGAGAAGCUACAGAAUCGCGAGAAGAUGAUAAGUAAUGCGACACCUGAUAAUGCUGACGAAGACGACGACACUAACAGACAGCGGAAAGCGCGCAAGCUGGAGACUACCGCCGAGUGGUACAACACAAUGUACAACUUCUGGACACGGAUAUCGGGUGUGGAAGACGUUAUUGCCGAGAAGGAUGCUCAGGGAAUGUUGAGAGUCGAGGUCAAAUACGCCAAAUAUCCAGACCAUCCGAUCAUCUAUUUUUUGAACAAAGCAUACAAAAUCCAGAAGGUUGAAGGAUAUUCUGGAGCAAGCCUCUCCAAAUGGGUAGCAUCUAGUCAGAGCCAUUCCGGACUGGACGGUCUGAGCUAUGUUUCUAGAAGGAUAAUGUAUGAAGACGAUGACGACGAUCUAAGGAUGCGAGAUGAAUGA